AUGUCUGGCAGACAGUUAAGACGAGGGAGACGCGGUGAUCAAAAGGAUGGACGAAGGAACAAUGUGUCUGAUGAAAUAUUUGCUGAGAGUAUGAAGACGCUGCAAUCAGAAAACAGAAAUGCCACAGAUUCACGACUGAAGCAUACUGAAAUUGACUUUCGUGUGGAAGAAAACCGCAAAGCACAUCACACCGAUGAAUACGAGAGCAAGAAUCUCAUUGUAAGACGAGGACAACAGUUCAAGAUAUCCGUAACAUUUGACAGGCCAGUUAAUGUAGAACAACAUCAAAUUAUCCUACAGCUUGCUACUGGCUCUCGUCCCAAGCAAAGCAAGAAAUCAAUCAUACGUUUAAAGGCCGCCGAUAGUCUUUCCUCGUCAUCGUGGGGUAUGCACAUAGUAGAACAUCGUGGAGAAAUUGUGGAAAUGUCCGUCAUGUCACCUGCUGAUGCCAUCGUUGGAGAGUAUUCAGUGUUUGUUGAGACCAGAUCCAAAGAUCUUGAUGGGAAUUACCGCAGCUACAGAAAGGUUGAAGCCGAGAAAAUAUGCAUUCUAUUCAACGCAUGGUGCAAAGACGACAGUGUUUUCAUGGAGAAUGAAGAUCACCGCCAAGAGUAUGUCCUCGAUGAGCACGGUCGUAUAUGGAUUGGCAGCAAAAACCGUUAUCGUGGCAUCCCUUGGAACUUUGGGCAGUUUGAAUCGGUAUCUCUUGAGACUUGCUUGAAGCUACUAGAUAUGGCAGAAGUGAAAGACCAAGUGCGAGGUUAUCCGCACCGUAUCUGUCGAGCUAUAUCUAAAAUGGUGAACUCAAAGGAUGAUGAUGGUGUUCUUAUUGGAAAUUGGAGCGGAUAUUAUGCAGACGGCACGUCACCGAGAGCAUGGGCAGGCAGUGUUGCCAUUCUAAAGGAAUUUUCUAAAAAGAAAAAUCCCGUGAAAUAUGGACAAUGCUGGGUGUUUUCUGGAUUAGUAACAACACUUCUUCGUGCCAUAGGGAUCCCAACUCGUAGCGUCACUAACUUUGAGUCGGCACAUGACACUGACCAAAGCAUGACCAUCGAUUUUCAUUUUGAUGAAGAAGACAAUCCAAUACACACAAUGAAUGAAUCCGUAUGGAACUUCCAUGUGUGGAACGAGUCGUAUUUCACUCGUCCAGAUAUUCCGCCUGGCUAUGAUGGCUGGCAGGCACACGAUGCCACACCACAGGAGGUCAGUGAUGGUGUGUAUCAGUGUGGCCCAUGYCCUCUUAAAGCCAUCCAAAGUGGAGAGGUAUACCUACCUUACGACACAGGAUUCGUGUUUGCUGAAGUCAACGGUGACAGGGUCUACUGGCAAGUAGACGCAGAAGGGGAAAUGUCCGUAUCUGUGAUAGAUAAAAAAAGCAUUGGGAAAUCCAUUAGCACUAAGGCUGUCGGCACUAACGAGAGAGAGGAUCUCACCAAUAUGUACAAGUUUCCUGAGGGUAACCACAAAGAAAGAAAGGCCGUUCAACUCGCAAACAAAUAUAGCUCGAGCAAAGACAAAGACAUCUACUCCACCGAAACCUCGCACGAUGUUGACUUUAAGGUAUUAACGAGUGAGGAGGUGACUAUUGGAGAAAACUUCGACAUCAAGUUGGAAAUCAAGAAUAAGUCUUAA